CGGACCCUGGCACGAGAUUUUAGGGUUGGCCAAGCUCCUCCACCGAAGAACCCCCGGCGUGUCGCAGCUUCUCCCAGACUGUCAACCACCACCAAAUCAAUCCCGCGAUACCCUCUCACUACCCCAGACCUGUUCUCGUGGCCACUCAUCAGUCACGAUGCAGUCUAUCCGACAACCCCUGCGCUCUGCGCUAUCAAAGGCUGCAACCAGGCAGUAUGCGACCGCUUCCUCGCAGUAUGCCGAGACGAUUAAGAACCUUCGCAUCAAUAGCGACACAAAGGUUCUCUUCCAGGGUUUCACUGGAAAGCAGGGAACCUUCCACGCCCAGCAGGCAAUUGAAUACGGCACAAAGGUUAUUGGAGGCACAAACCCCAAGAAGGCCGGCACUCAGCACCUCGGACUGCCCGUCUUCAAGAAUGUGGCAGAUGCUAUGAAGGAAACCCAAGCUACCGCUACUGCCAUCUUCGUUCCCCCACCGGUCGCUGCCGCGAGUAUCGAGGAGGCUAUCGCCGCCGAGGUUCCUCUGAUUGUGACUAUCACUGAGGGAAUUCCCCAACACGACAUGGUGCGCAUCACAGAUAUGCUCAAGUCCCAGAGCAAGUCUCGUAUGGUCGGCCCCAACUGCCCCGGUAUCAUUGCUCCCGGCCAAUGCAAGAUUGGUAUCAUGCCUGGAUUCAUCCACAAGCGCGGCCGCGUUGGUAUUGUCUCUCGCUCCGGAACUCUUACCUACGAAGCCGUCAACCAGACUACCCAAGCCGGCCUUGGUCAGUCCCUCGUUGUUGGUAUUGGUGGUGACCCCUUCUCCGGUACCAACUUCAUUGACUGCCUGAACGUCUUCCUCAAGGACGAAGAGACUGACGGCAUCAUCAUGAUUGGUGAGAUUGGUGGUUCUGCCGAGGAAGACGCUGCCGACUUCUUGAAGGAGUACAACACCGCCAACAAGCCUGUUGUCAGCUUCAUUGCUGGUAUCUCCGCCCCACCAGGUAGGAGAAUGGGUCACGCUGGUGCCAUUGUCAGCGGUGGUAAGGGUGAUGCCAACUCCAAGAUCACCGCGCUCGAGGCCGCCGGUGUCACUGUCGAGCGCUCUCCUGCCAAGCUUGGAGCUACUCUGUACGACCAGUUCGUCAAGCGCGACCUGAUAUAGGAGGAAAUUGUGAUGUUUCAUUAAACUCUCAAGGUAUGCAGGCUAACGAAUUGUGGUAGCCGCAUGGAGGUCUAUUGUACAUUGUAGUUAAAACAAUUGAAAUCAUCUCGCAUCUAGAUGUAUAAUAUGGUGGUGUAGAUGUUUGUAUUAUGUUCUCAGAGCUUUAUGGGUUAAAAUAUUGAUUCCACCAAAUAGCUCCAUCC